AUGAACGGCAAGAUGCUGCGCUCUGCGGAUCGCGCGCGGGGCUCAAAGCACUCGCGAUGGAGUGCUAGCCGCACGGCGGCAGUGGCAGUGGCUUUGAUGUCCUGGCGUUCUUUGACCACCUUUGUCACGCCAACCUUUCCGUCGCCACCUUCGGCAAGCACGACUAUGCCCAGGCCUUCCAGAGGCGUGGCGAUGAGGAAUUGGAUGGACAUGUUGGAGGAAGCAGUUGGAACGCCGACCCCUGAAACACCGGACGUGGCCAUCCCCAGCAGCGUGAAGCCCUUUGAUGCUGCGUUGAUGACCGAAGAGUUGAGGGCCUUCGUUUUGGAGGAGAAAGGCCUGGCGAUGUCGGGUGAAGACUUCGAAGUGAAAACCCCCGAAGGUGAGCUGGUUUUGCGCGUCAAUGGCGGCAACCGAGUGCCAAUCCCUGGCGUGGUUUGGGACAAGCUGUCCCUUCAGUCGGCUGAUGGCACUCAGAUCGGCACCUUGGAUCGGCAGGCCUUCGCCAUGACCGCGUCCUACGACUUGAACCGCGCGGACGGGAAGAAGUUCGGACGGAUCUCCAAGGCGAUGUUUGCCUUUACCAACACGUUCGAGCUCUACCAAGAGGAUGACCCGGAAGGUGGUCCUCUGUUGAAGGCCGAGGGCUCUUUCAGCGAGAAGAACUAUGUCAUCAAGUCACGCCAGGGGAAGGUGGUGGCCACCUGCACUCGGUUGAAGGGCUUCACUGGUGGCAACGUGGAUAAUUACCAGGUCAUCGUUGCAAAGGAUGUGGAUGCCAGUUUGGUGUUGGCCAUGGCUGUGGUCAUCGAUGAGAUCCACGAUGAAGAGAAUCCCAACACCGAAGGAGGCGAAGCCUUACCAGACAUGCUGGAAGAUGCCAAGGGUUUGCCACAACCCAAAGCGCCCAGCAACCCCAUCCCCAGUGAUCGAGCUCCAUUGGAUGCGGAAUUGAUGCAUGCCACCAACACGGCCUACGAACUGGAGGAGAAAGGUUUGUCCAUGACGGGUGAAGACUUUGAGAUCAAAAAUCCCUUGGGCCAAGUGCUUCUGCGCAUCAGCGGUGGCAACCGCCUGCCCAUUGGCAACAUGCCAGUCUGGGAUAAGCUGACCAUCAGCACCGGCAGCGGUCAGACGAUCGCCAGCCUGGACCGGGAGAUGAUCGCCAUGACCCCCACCUACGAUGUGCUACGGCCCGAUGGUUCGAAGUUCGGGAGGAUUAGCAAAGCGAUGCUGGGACUCACCGAGACCUUCGAAUUCUUCUUGGAAGGCGAUAACGGUGGGCCCGUGCUGAAAGCCGAAGGAAGCUUCUCGGAGCGCUCCUUCGAGUUCAAGAGCCGCGACGGCGCCACCGUGGCCACCGUCGGCCGCGGCUACUACCAAACGGACAACGAGAACCGAUACCAUGUGGUCGUAGGACCUCAGGUGGAUGCGACGUUGGUGGUGGCGAUGGCCUUUGCCAUCGAUGAAGUCCAUGAUGAGGAGAAUGCAGCGGAGGCGAAGAAAGAGGAGGAGGGUGGAGGAUGGCCAUUCAGAUGA